AAAUGCUGUAAAAUAUAAAUGUUACAGUUUAUUAUAUGUUUACUUCCGAACAGUUUUUGUAGAUCUUUUAAUAUGAAUUUUUUGUAAAUUUUGUGAAAUUGAUUGUAUUAGAUGAAUUAGUGUAUUCUUUAGCAACACAAAAAACAGCAUUAAAUAAAUAAAAAAAUAGAACAAGUUAUAUCGCUCUGAAGUGUGGGCGGAGACCGUGCACUGCAAAUUUGAGUUUUAAUGUUGUUAAAAAGUGUAGUCUGGACAAGCUGCUUACGUGCUGUUUGUAUUAUUUUUGUAAUUUAAGGUGUUUAAUUUUAGAUUAGGCAAGUUUUCUAUUUUAAUUAAUAAUGUCUCACCAAACCGGAAUACAUGCCAAUGAUGCUUUGAAAAAGUUUUUUGUGAAAUGCAAAGACGGAAAAGUCAGGGUAUUUAAGGUUUCUAUAGAAAAUGAACAACUUGUUUUAUCAUCACACCAUGCCAUUAAACACAAUUGGGAAAAAGACUAUGAUAAGUAUGUACUUCCAUUAAUAGAGGAAAAUCAACCCUGCUAUAUAUUGUACAGAUUGGAUACGAAAAAUGAUUCUGGCUAUGAAUGGCUGUUUAUUAGUUGGUCUCCUGACACUGCCACUGUAAGGCAAAAAAUGCUGUAUGCCUCCACUAAAGCAACUCUUAAACAGGAAUUUGGAUCUUCUCAAAUUAAAGAAGAAAUACAUGGUACAAUAAAGAGUGAAAUUACUUUGGAUGGAUACAAAAAAUACAAAAAAGUCUUAGCCGCACCAGCUCCGCUAUCAAUGAGAGAAGAAGAACUGAAUGAAGUAAAAAGAACAGAAGUACAUACGGAUAUUAGUAUUAAUAGUAAGCACCAAACCUUAGGUGGUGUGGCUUUUCCAGUUACAGAACCUGCACAGCAAGCUAUUAUUGAUAUGAAACGGGGCUCUUACGACUAUCUACAAUUUGAAAUAGAUAUAGAAAAUGAAAAGAUUAAUCUUGCAACGGCUGAAAACGUACCCAUAGAAAAACUACCGUCAAAAGUUCCUGAAAAAUCGGCAAGAUAUCAUCUCUACAGGUUCAUGCAUACUCAUGAGGGGGACUACAUGGAAAGUAUAGUGUUCAUUUAUUCUAUGCCUGGAUAUAGUUGUUCUAUAAAAGAAAGGAUGUUAUAUUCCAGUUGCAAGAAUCCACUCAUCGAUGUUAUUACACAAUUAGGACUAGAUAUUAACAAAAAGUUAGAGAUAGAUUCUGGUUCAGAACUUACAGAAUCAUUUUUAUAUGAAGAAAUACAUCCAACGAAAAAUCUGCAUCGACCACAAUUUGCGAAACCAAAAGGGCCACCUGGAAGAGGUCCAAAACGAAUGACUAGAACGCAAGAUAAGUAAACAUACAAACGGAUUUUGCAAACAUUUUUUUCUGUUCAUACAGCAGUCGCCUAUACUAAUUUUCAUUUCAAAGUUUUUCAUGUUUCGUUGGCCUUGCCAUAUAUUAGUACGCAUACAUUUCUUCACAAAGAAAGAUGCUAGUGGAAAAAAAUCACUUAUAAAAUACAUUAUUUUAUUUCAAAUGCGGCAACGUUUUUUGCCCUCAAUUUGAAACCUCAAAGAGUAACAUUUAACGUUGCAAGUACAGAAAAAAAAAUUAUCAAUUAAUUGAUUAUACCUAUAAAUAUUGUAAAUAAACAUCAAAUUUAGAAUUAAAACGUUGCUUAAUUUUAAAUAAAGUGAUACAUUUUUUUAUCAUUACUAUAGUAAUUUACUUGGAAUAUCAAGUAUUAAAGAGCCAUCAGAAUUUUAUAAGGAUAAGAAAUUAAAAACACGUGUAAAGCUUCAUCAAAAGUAUAAGUGGAUAAUAAUUAUUGUUAUUUGAUUAAUUAAAUUUGUGAACCAAAAAAAAA